AUGUUCCAUUUAUUAUGUCGGUUUCUGGAGUGGUUGAGAACAUUGUUUUGGCGAAAAGAAUUGGAAAUUACUUUAAUUGGCUUACAAGCUGCUGGCAAAACAACGUUCAUCAAUGUGAUAGCUAAAGAUCCUUGUAUUGAUACUAUGCCAACUAUUGGUUUUAAUAUGAGAAGAGUAGUGCAAGGUAGAACAGUAAUCAAAGUUUGGGACCUUGGUGGUGAAAAGCGAUUUCGUAGCAUGUGGGAAAGAUAUUGCAGAGGUGUAAAUGUGAUUUUGUACAUGGUCGAUGCAGCGAACAGUCAGAAACUCGCAGAAUCCACUUGGGAACUUCAGAAUUUACUACAAAAGCCGCAAUUGGCCCACAUUCCGAUUUUAAUUUUGGGAAAUAAAAUAGAUUUGCCCAAUGCACUUAGUGAAUCGGAACUGACGGAACAAAUGCUGCUGCGACGCAUUGAAAACCGGGAAGUUUGUUGUUUUAUGAUUUCGUGUAUGAAAAGGGACAAUAUAGAUAUCGUGCUCCAGUGGCUGAUUAAACAUUCGAAGUGA